AUGGAGAGAUUAGUCAUUCUGAUGUAUGACAAACAAAUCCCUGAUGACAGUGCAAACAAGACCAGACAAACUUUGCUCACACAGAAAGAUAAGGAAAUAAAGAAAAUUCUGCUAACAAAAGAUGCCCUACGUCAACACGUCCUUCGAGCAGCAUAUCAGGCCGGUCAUGUGUGGGGCCAGCCUCUCCUUAAAGCACCGCAGGUACCAAGCCCUAAAGAAUUCGGUUGGAAACGGGAAAAUGUGUCUGCCCAGUGGCAAGUGAAGCAGACGAACCUGCCGCCUGCUAGUGCAGUGUGUCGUGCUGUAGUAAAUUGUGGAUGCGUUAAGGACUGCAGACAAUGAUGCAAAUGUGUAAAACAAAAUUUGCCCUGCACAUUGUUGUGCAAAUGUGGUGGAUGUCAGCCCCAUGAAUAAUUUAUAAUUGGUGUAAGCCCCUAUGCUUUUGACCUUUGAACGUUGAAGGUACAAUUUAGAGGUGUUUUCCGAGUAAUGAAGGCUUAGAAAGUAGUGUUAGGUAAUCAUAAUUUACAUGUAUAAUUUUAACCUUGAAGCAACCACCCAAAUUCUUUCAAAACUUCAAAAUGAAACUUUCAGUGAUACUUUGAUGCCACAUUUAAUUAGCUUUGGUUUAAGUUCAAUAAGUUUAAAUCCAAAAAAUGAUAAUUUGACAUUGUACCCAGUCAUUUUGAUCCAUGCUGUCGUUCAAACAAUAUUACCGGCUGCCAUUUUGAAAACUCUCCUCUCCCCCCCUGACAUAGGUCAUAUCUAGGCUGCCCAUAAUCAUUAAAAUGUUUCCCAUGAUUUCUAGUAUUAGUGAGCCAAGUCUCAUACUUUUAUCAUAAAGUGCACAAUACUAUCACUCAUCCACUGACUAUAAAGUGUCAAACUGUGAUAGUGGUGUAUAACCACUAAGUGGGGACACUAAAAUAAUUAAAAAUUAAAAAAACGGAAUAUAAGAAUUGAGAAAAACUAUGAACAGUAUAAGCACAUAAGAAACUCGGGAGAACUAUAUACAAUAUGUACAAAUGUAUCCAUUAUCUUACCAAAAAUAAAAAUAAAUAAAAAAGGCAAAGAGAGCAGUCAUUGUCACCUAAUAGCAUACUAAGAUCCACUUUUCUGAUGUUAUAUUUGAAGGAGGACAACGUGGAAACCUUUUUUCACGUUACUAGGAACAGAGCUCCAUACCUUUUGACCACAUACCUGAUCGAGUGCUUUCCAAAGUAGACUGUGUUGAAUCUGGGUAUAGUGAAGUCAUGAUUGCGCAGUUUGUACUUAAUUGCACCCUGUUCAAGUAG